CAGUUGCAGCGCUGCCACGGCAGUAAAGUAGACAGUGAGUGGAAGUGGCAACCACACACACAUCACACCACAAUACACCAGGAGCGGACCUGGGUGGAGAAGACUUGGACAAGUGUUGGUAAAGUAAGCGGCCGGAGGAACCACAUCCAGUCGCCGCAUAUAUAGGACAAAAAGGAUAGAAAGAAACAUAGUUUUUAAAUCGAAUGGAGUUUGGCUUCUUUCACCGAGGAUUAAAAUAACCAACGGAAAGCUGGGAAUCAUUGUGACCGCAGCACACGUGAGAGAUGUCACCGACUAAUGAGGAUUAAUUUUCGGGAAUGUUGGAGAAAAGUCUGAGAGCAGCUGUGACCCAGUGAAGAGUAAAUUUAGUGGUAGCGGGAAUGGCUUGAUUCCUCGGCUCGAGCGGGCGGCUGGACGGACAGGAAUAACAGAGUAGGAAGAGAAGGAAUAGGAGGAAGAAAGUUUGCUGCGCUUUAUUUGGAUACGACGAGACUUAUUUCUGUGUUUCUUAAUCGGCCUUUGAGUGUUGUUGCUCUGGCUGCUCCUCACCCUGGCGCUGGUGGUGGAACCGUUCACCAUGUCAAAACCGCCGCAAAAGAAAACCCACUGGACUUCUAGAGUGAACGAGUGCUCCGUCUGCAAAGACGCACGCGGUGACUUGAAUGUGCCGCUGCGCGGCGGAGCGCAGGACGGCGAGUUCGCCUUCAUCGGCCCGCUGAGCGGUGCCACGGUGCUGUACAACACCGGCAGACUGAGCGAAGGAGAACUGCUGUUGGAGGUGGAGAGCCUAUCGGUGUCCGGAUUACCUCUCUAUGACGUGCAGACGGUGAUACGGAACUGUCCCGGCCCCGUCAGGUUUAAAACGGUCAGGCCAGGAAACAAACUAAGCAAAGACCUGAAGCAUUACCUGAGCCAACGCUUCCAGAAAUCAUCACCAGACCACGAACUUCAGCAGACCAUCAGAGACAACCUCUACCAUCACGCUGUGCCUUGUACAACCCGUACCCCACGAGAAGGAGAAGUAAGUGGUGUGGACUACAACUUCCUCUCAGUGGAGGAAUUCCUGGAAUUGCAAAAAAGUGGAACUCUUUUGGAAAUAGGAACAUAUGAAGGUAACUAUUAUGGGACACCCAAGCCUCCAGUUCAGCCCCCCAGUGGGAAAGUGAUUGGCAGCAGUGGUAGCAGCGGUGAUGCUCCACUGCCAGACGGGCUCAGUGGUAGCCUGCCGGGCUCACAGCACUCCACUCCGCGACGCUCCAAGUCCUACAAUGACAUGCGCAAUGCUGGAUUAGUGCCUGGAGAGCAGCAGCAGCAGGAGGACGACGAGGACCUCCCUGACAUGAACAGUAGCUAUACAGGAGACUCCAGCGAAAUAGACGAGAUUCAUCACUCAGUACGCCCCUUUGCCCCAACCUACUCUGGGACGACCCCCUCACCAACGGCCACCACGGAGAGCACACAGCAGUCACACUCUCACCUUAGCCAUCCUCCCUCAGAGGACCCACUGGGACCUCUGCCUGACAACUGGGAGAUGGCCUACACCGAGGCCGGGGAGGUCUACUUUAUAGACCACAAUACAAAAACCACCUCCUGGAUAGACCCUCGGUGCCUGGACAAGCCUCAGAAACCCCUGGAAGAAUGUGAAGAUGAUGAAGGGGUACAUACUGAGGAGCUGGACAAUGAUGUUGAGCUUCCUCCUGGAUGGGAGAAAAUAGACGAUCCGGUCUAUGGAGUCUACUAUGUUGAUCAUAUCAACAGAAAGACGCAGUACGAGCAUCCAGUGUUGGAGGCGAAGAAGCGCCGGCAGCUGGAGCAGUUGGAGCAGCAGCAGCUGCCACAGCUGCCUCAAAGCCAGCAGCCACCUGAAGGUGAGCGCUACAUCCGAGAAUGGAUCGAGGACUCCACGUUAGCUGGGGCUCCGCUGGCCGGCUAUGCUGCCAACCACCAGGAGACGUACCGGGACCCCCAGACUGGACCUACAGUGCCCAACGCAGUGGGACAAAAACGUGGAAAGCCUUUCUUCACUCGGAACAGAUCAGAGCUUAAGGGGACUUUUAUCAACACCAAGCUGAAAAAGAGUCGUAGAGGGUUUGGCUUCACUGUCGUUGGAGGUGAUGAACCGGACGAAUUCCUGCAGAUAAAGAGCCUAGUGUUGGAUGGACCUGCAGCCCUGGACGGCAAGAUGGAGACAGGUGAUGUGAUUGUCAGUGUCAAUGACACCUGUGUCCUGGGCUACACCCAUGCCCAAGUCGUAAAGAUCUUCCAGUCUAUCCCCAUUGGCUCCAUGGUCAACCUAGAGCUCUGCCGUGGCUACCCACUGCCCUUUGACCCCGAUGAUCCCAACACCAGCUUGGUAACCUCGGUGGCCAUCUUAGAAAACAAAGAUCCCAUCAUCGUCAACGGCCAAGAAGCCACCAACAGCUACGACUCGCCAUCCAGCCAUGGCAGCCAGAACAACAACAACGGCUCCACGAACGGCGGCGUCCCACUGAACGGCCUUCCGCGGCCACACAGCCCCUCAGCUGAGGUGGCCUCCGAUACCUCUUCCCAACAUGGCUACCCCAGUGACGUGGUCACUCUGGCCUCGUCUAUUGCCACACAACCAGAGCUCAUCACUGUCCAUAUGGAGAAAGGGGACAAAGGCUUCGGGUUCACCAUAGCCGACAGUCCAGGCGGCGGAGGGCAGAGGGUGAAGCAGAUCGUAGACUACCCUCGCUGCCGCGGCCUCAAGGAGGGCGACAUCAUCAUGGAGGUGAACAAACGGAAUGUCCAGAGCAUGUCUCACAACCAGGUGGUCGACCUGCUCAGCAAAUGUCCCAAAGGCAGCGAGGUCACCAUGCUUGUGCAGAGAGGAGUGGCACCUACAAAGAAGAGCCCCAAACUGGGUCAUUUUGCGUUGGCCCCUCCGUACGGAGAUUACACUAGGAGGCAGUUAUCACGGAAGGACAGUCAGAACAGCUCCCAGCACAGUGUUUCCAGCCACCGGAGUAACCACACAGACUCACCUGUGCACCAGUCUCUGGCGCCCCCUCUCAGUGAAAACGCCACCCCCCCAGCACCCUCUCAGCCACUGCCUGGCCUGCCAACGCAGGACUCGCCAGGGGACGGAACCAUCCAGAGAAAACCGGAUCCUUUUAAGAUUUGGGCUCAGUCCAGGAGCAUGUAUGAAAGUAGGCUUCCAGAUUUCCAGGAGCAAGACAUAUUCCUGUGGAGGAAGGACACAGGUUUUGGUUUCAGGAUUCUCGGGGGCAACGAGCCAGGAGAGCCAAUCUACAUCGGCCACAUAGUGAAGUACGGCGCUGCAGACGAGGACGGGCGCCUGCGGUCGGGCGAUGAGCUGAUUUGUGUCGAUGGCACAGCGGUUGUGGGAAAGUCGCACCAACUGGUGGUGCAGCUGAUGCAGCAGGCGGCCAAGCAGGGGCACGUCAACCUCACUGUGCGACGCAAAACCAGCUAUGGAGUUAAAGCAGAAGGAGAUGUGCCUCCAUCGCCAGCGUCCUCCCACCACAGUAGCAACCAGGCUCCCGGCCUGACAGAUGAAAUAGGCAAACGAGCCCUACAAGGGAGCCAGAACUCACUUAACACUGUCAGCUCCGGCAGCGGCUCCACCUCCGGCAUCGGCAGUGGAGGAGGAGGUGGAGGAGGCGGCGGUGGAGGUGUGGGGGGCAGUGGUAAUGCCAUGGUCUCCUCCUCUUCUGCCACCACGACAUCUUCACAACCCCUCAACUCUGUCACCACCACUGCCUCCACUGCUGUUGCCUCUUCGUCCACACUGCAGCCCUACGAUGUGGAGAUCCGCCGCGGGGAGAACGAAGGAUUUGGAUUCGUCAUCGUCUCAUCCGUGUCACGGCCCGAAGCUGGAACUACGUUUGCUGGCAAUGCAUGUGUGGCCAUGCCCCACAAAAUAGGGCGGAUCAUUGAAGGCAGCCCAGCGGACCGCUGUGGGAAGCUGAAGGUCGGGGACCGCAUCCUGGCCGUGAACCAACACAGUAUCACCAACAAGUCCCACUCUGACAUUGUCAACCUCAUCAAGGAGGCCGGCAACACGGUCACACUACGCAUCAUUCCUGGAGAUGAGUCCUCAAAUGCGUCUUUAUUAACCAACGCGGAGAAGAUCGCCACGAUAACGACCACUCACACACCUCAGCAACAGGCUGCACCUGAGGCCAGGACCAACACUAAACCAAAACAGGAGUCGUUUGACUUCAAACCCCCACAAGGACCUCCUCCUCAGCCCCCGACACAAGUCUCUGCUCAGGAUGCUGAGUUCUACUCUGUGGAUCUGGAGCGAGACAGCAAAGGUUUCGGUUUCAGUCUCCGAGGAGGCAGAGAGUACAACAUGGACCUGUACGUGCUGAGGCUGGCAGAGGAGGGCGCUGCUGUACGCAACGGAAAGAUGAGGGUCGGCGACGAGAUCCUGGAGAUCAACGGCGAGAGCACAAAAGGCAUGAAGCACGCGCGGGCCAUCGAGCUCAUCAAGAGCGGAGGCCGCCGUGUCCAUCUGGUGCUCAAAAGGGGCGACGGCUCCGUGCCUGAAUAUGACACCAGCCCUAACGACAGCAGCAGCACAGCCGCAAGGCUACAAAACGCUGAGGAAGUGAGCAACCUGCCCACGACCAACGCACCGAUGGAGUCAAGCUCCCCACCAGAACCCCACCAACCAUCCCGGACCAAAAAGGAGUCGAGCCACAACCGCACCGGCAAGCAACACCACCACCAUUCCAAACACCGUCACAGCUCACCUCACAAGAAAACUACCAGCACCGGAAAACACAAGGAGAAGUCCAAGAGGGACCCGCUGGGAGUGUUCAAAAAAAAGGAUUCCAAGGAUAGCAAUGGCCACCACCACCACCAUACUAGCCGCCAGCACCAACACCAACACCACGGCCGCCAUCGCUGUCCAGACAGGAAGCACGGGCGGUCUUACAGUGCUGAGAACACCCUAGAUAACCGUCACACAGGACAUCGACACGGCCGCUCCCCCGACAGACACCGAGGCCACCACUCUCCUCGCACUCGUCACCGCUCUCCUUAUCGCUCACCCUAUAGAUCGCCAUACCGCUCUCCCAACCGCCACAGGUCGCCCCAUCGCACGAGGCACCACUCCCCCACCAGAUACCGCACCCACUCUUCAGACCCAUAUCGGCGGUACAACUCACCUGAGAGACAGAUCCGCAACAACGAGAAGCCCAACGGAGUGGAGGCAGUAUUGAGGGAGACGUCAAAGACUCCUGAACUCAGCCUCCCCUUUGAGGACAGUGUUCUCCGUGAUCCCCCAGCCCUGGACCGCCUGAAUGAUGAUCUAACGCUGCCGUCACUGCGCAGGGACGACCGCCUGUACGGAGAGGACAGCCUGUUGAAGAGAGCCUCCUCUUUGGAAAGAGCCUACAGAGGGGACAACCUGCUGAAGGAGGUGGCUUCUCGGGGCCAGAGGGACGCCUACAGAGACAUCACACUUCCCAGAGUACGCACGCCUGAAUCCGAUUCUGCCUACAAGAGAUACAGUUCGCUGCUGAGAGGACGCUCGCCUGAGAGGACGGUAAGGGAUGAGCGCUACGCCAGCAGAGACAGCACUCCGGAGCUGGGAUACAGAAGGCACAGUCUGGGACGAGACAUAUCCCCCAUCAGGGUCUCCAGAGGAGAGGACUCAGAGGAUGAAGAGGAUGAUGACAACUUUGUUGCGUCCAAAGUGAGAGAGUACUACAGCACGCUGAAGAGCAACGCCAGUCAACCAUCCAAACCUACAUAUCCUGAGCCCAAGAGGACCUACAAGGAGAACCCCAAAGACCUGAGCAUCUAAUUGGACGGCCGUUAGCCAAUCGAAGUAACGACCAACCAUACACCUCAAGUACUCGCUCACUCGACCACUUUAUCCCGAAGAAACACAACUAGCUAUAUAUACAGUACACGCAUACACUAACACAGACGUGAUGAUGAGUUACGAACAAGACAGUGAUUCCAAGAUGAUUUUUGAAGGAUGUUAUUUCUCUUUUAUUAAAGUGUUUGUUUUGAUUUUCUUUAGUCCCUUCUUAUCUUCUAUGUUGAGGUUCUUUUUUUGUUUUUGUUUGUUUGUUUUUGGUCAGACACUGCAUUUACAGUAACUCGAGAUGUUUUCCAGAAAAUGUAAAACCACAAAAAAACUAUGAUGUGCCUAAAAGUUCCAUAACCGAGCAAAAUUUGGUUUUUGAUUUGAUAACGUGGCAGGUGCUUUACAACAGAGAGCUGCCGAAAUGAAGGAAAGAUACAUGUACUUUUCCAAGAGAAUCCCAAGGAAUACUGCACACCGGGAAUACUGUACCUGGUGCUCACAACGACGCUGUGCAUGUCCUCACCCGUUUCAAUGUCUCUCUCUCUCUCUCUCUCUCUCUCUCUCUCGCCCCUUCCCUAUUCAGUGCCACUGUUUUUUAGACAUAUGACCAGAUUAUAGCACAAGCCUGCAUUUGUUUGUAUAUUUUUGACAGUUUGCAGUAUGUGUACAUUCAGAGGUAAUCAUUUUAAAUGAAUGAAGGGGAAAUUAAAAGUUAAACUAUGAUGAUGAUGAUGUUAAAAUAAAAUAAUAUAUUCAACAAAUGA